UGUACGGUCGACAUUGUGGGUGUCAAUGAAGAUCAGUUAUGUACAGAAGAGUGUUAUUAUCUGUUUAUCAGGGCCGAAGCGCGCUGAUUCAUUCCAAGGAUACACGUUUUUUUUCUCCGAGGUGUAAUGAGAUACUGUCUUUUCCCAUCUUGAGGACUUCAGCCCAGUCGGGUCAGAGGUCACUUGGAGUGAGUGCGGCCUCGUACUGUGACAGGAAAGAGGGCCCAAGCUCUACUUUAACGGAAAAGGUGAAGAAGGAUGGAGGGAGGGUGGAGGAAAUGCAGAUGGAGGCGAAGAAGGAUGAUUCUGCCCAGGUUAAAAUGGAGGCAAAGACUGAAGGAGAGGUGGAGGGAAAGAGUAGUGAAGAGCAGGUUACAGAGGGCAGCAGAGGGAGUGAAGCUGUGGUUAUGACAGAACGAGUGAGAGAUGAAGGGAUGUGUGGAGAGGUGGAGAUGGAGGUGAAUAAAGACACGAGGUUAGAGGUGGAGAAGGAGGUGAAUAAAGACAUGAGGGGAGAGGUGGAGAAGGAGGUGAAUGAAGACAUGAGGUUAGAGGUGGAGAAGGAGGUGAAUAAAGACAUGAGGGGAGAGGUGGAGAAGGAGGUGAAUAAAGACAUGAGGGGAGAGGUGGAGAAUGACAGAGAAAUUACCACAGAGGCAGUGACUGCAGCCAGAAAGGAGGAGAACAGAACAGACAUUAAGAGAGAGAGUACACAGGAGGGAGAAGGUGAGGCUUUGCAGAGAGUGGAAGUGAAAACUGAAGAAGAGAAAGUAACAGAAUGGAAGAUCCAGGCUACAGAAUCGACUCUCGCCGUGGAGGCUGGACACGUGGAGCCACGGGCCAGUGUGACGAAAACAGAGUCUAAAGGGGAAGGAGAGCGAGUGAAGAGUGGAAAGGAGGGCUUGUUGGAGCUGCUGGGAGCUAUGAAAGUGGAGGUGACAAGCAAGCGAAAGUUUAAAACCCCAAAGAUUCCUCGGAGCAGUGAAUAUCCACCCAAAACCAAACCCAAACCAAUGGAGAGUGCAACCAGCAUGUUCCAGCAGGCAGCUAGUGCUGAGUCUUCUCCAGCAAGUGAGACACUGAGCCCUGACUUGGUGGCUGCUGCAUCUGCGGUUGCAUCUACGCUGCCAAAUAAGAGCCAGGUUGAGUCUGAGUUACUACGGCAACUGAGGAAGCACGAAGCUGUGGCUGAGGCCCAGAGGAAGGGGGAGGGGCAGAGCAUAGGAACCAUCAUCGCUGACAUGAAAGUGGGCAGAAGGCCAAAUGGCCGGCCUAAUGCCAGACCAGCCAAUCAGAUUCGAUUUGAUGAUGACGGGCGGGGCUACACCCAUGAGAGGGGUAUUGCCAGUGAACUGGACGGAGUCCGCAGACGGAAGAGUGUGUUCACAGGGAGACGGUUGAAUAUCUUCUCUGUGAAAACGGAGCAGGGAGGAGAGAGCGAGCUUGCUUCACCCCCAAGCCUUUGGGAUAUUGAUCUGGCUAAUCAGAUUGUCCAGUCAGCCAAUCAGAGGCCUCGGAAUGGUUUUGAAGAGAUGAUAGAGUGGACCAGAGAAGGCAAACUAUGGCCAUAUCCAGUCAACAACGAGACAGGGUUGGAGGAGGAGGCAGGCGUGCCGUUCCAUGAGCAUGUGUUUUUGGAGAGGCACCUGGAGAGCGGCUUCCCACGUCAGGGGCCUGUCAGGCACUUCAUGGAGCUGGUGGUAGGGGGGCUGUCCAAAAACCCCCACCUGACAGUGCAGCAGAAACAGGAGCACAUUGCUUGGUUCAGAGAAUACUUCCAACAGAAAGAGGAGAUCCUUAAGGAGGCUGAGGUGUACAUCAGCUAAACACACUCACAGUGGCCUCCGCCACCAGGCCUGGCCUCUGACACUCUCUCUAAACCUGACAGGCUGAAUCGCUUGGACAGCACAGGACUUGUGUGUGUGU